CUAAAAGGCCUUACGAGAACAGCUGAGAUUUCGCUGCUCCGCAUGACGCAAAGAUACCGAAAUUGAAAAAUUUUCAAGUCUUUAAGAUAUUAUAUCUCGUGUGUGCGCCGAGCGGGAAAUUAAUAAGCAACAUCGAAAAAAUUCAAAAAUUCAAAAAUAAACCAAGUGUUUUAUUAGUGAAGCCAGCUGAAAUGUUAACAGCAUAUGCAGCUUAAAAGAAAAUAUUAAAUUUAUUUUAACAUAAAGAAGAAGAAUUAUAACGCGGCUGACAAAUACGAAUAAAAGGAUACAAGUUAAAAGCUAGAGCCGAGGACUCUAUCGAAACCAAAGUGUGAACCGUACCAAGUGCGUACAAAGUGUAUUCCAGCAAUUAUCCCACGUGUUCCGACCCGGCCGCCAAAAUUAUUACGCACAAUUCGCUGAGCGUGUACGGCGGCGGCGUCAUGUGCGCCUCCCCGUCCACGGCUCCCGGCUUCUUCAAUCCGCGCCCGCAAUCCGGCGCGGAGCUGUCGGCCUUCGACAUCGGCCUGUCCCGCUCGAUGGGGCUGGGCGUCCCGCCACACAGCGCCUGGCACGAACCGCCGGCCUCCCUCGGCGGUCACCUGCACGCCGCCUCCGCCGGACCGGGCACCACCACCGGCAGCGUGGCGACGGGCGGCGGCGGUACCACUCCGAGCAGCGUGGCCAGCCAGCAGUCGGCGGUGAUCAAGCAGGAUCUCUCUUGCCCCAGCCUCAAUCAGGCGGGAUCCGGCCAUCAUCCUGGCAUCAAGGAGGAUCUGUCCAGCAGCCUGCCCAGCGCCAAUGGUGGAUCCGCCGGUGGCCAUCACUCCGGUUCCGGAUCGGGUUCCGGUUCGGGCGUCAAUCCCGGACACGGCUCCGACAUGCUGCCCCUGAUCAAGGGCCAUGGCCAGGACAUGCUCACCAGCAUCAAGGGACAGCCCACGGGCUGUGGCAGCACCACGCCCAGCUCCCAGGCGAAUAGCUCCCACUCGCAGAGCAGCAACAGUGGAUCCCAGAUCGACAGCAAGCAGAACAUCGAGUGCGUCGUCUGCGGCGACAAGAGUUCCGGCAAGCACUACGGACAAUUUACCUGCGAAGGUUGCAAAUCUUUCUUCAAGCGCUCGGUGCGACGUAAUCUAACUUACUCUUGCCGCGGCAGCAGAAACUGUCCCAUAGAUCAACACCAUCGCAAUCAAUGUCAAUAUUGUCGAUUGAAGAAGUGCCUCAAAAUGGGCAUGAGACGCGAAGCUGUUCAACGUGGACGCGUACCACCCACUCAGCCCGGUCUGGCCGGCAUGCAUGGGCAGUACCAGAUUGCCAACGGGGAUCCCAUGGGCAUUGCCGGCUUUAACGGGCACUCGUACCUCAGUUCCUACAUCUCGCUCCUGCUGCGGGCGGAACCGUAUCCGACUUCGCGAUAUGGCCAGUGCAUGCAACCCAACAACAUUAUGGGCAUCGACAACAUCUGCGAACUGGCCGCCCGACUGCUCUUCUCGGCGGUCGAGUGGGCCAAGAACAUACCCUUCUUCCCGGAGCUGCAGGUGACCGACCAGGUGGCCCUGCUCCGGCUCGUCUGGUCAGAGCUCUUCGUCCUAAACGCCAGCCAGUGCUCCAUGCCGCUCCAUGUGGCGCCACUGCUGGCCGCCGCCGGACUUCAUGCCUCCCCGAUGGCCGCCGAUCGUGUGGUGGCCUUCAUGGACCACAUCCGCAUCUUCCAGGAGCAGGUGGAGAAGCUGAAGGCGCUGCAUGUCGACUCCGCGGAGUACUCCUGCCUCAAGGCGAUCGUGCUCUUCACCACCGAUGCCUGCGGCCUGUCCGAUGUGACGCACAUUGAAUCCCUGCAAGAGAAGUCGCAGUGCGCCCUCGAGGAAUACUGCCGGACCCAGUAUCCCAACCAGCCCACGAGAUUCGGCAAGCUGCUUCUCAGACUGCCAUCGCUGCGAACGGUCUCCUCACAAGUCAUUGAGCAAUUGUUUUUUGUGCGUCUAGUCGGAAAAACGCCAAUUGAAACGCUGAUACGCGAUAUGCUGCUGAGCGGCAACAGUUUCUCCUGGCCCUAUCUGCCUUCGAUGUGACACACGAUGUGGCGCCAAUUGACAACAACUUGAUCAUCGGCCGCAGCUGUGGCGGCUGCAACGCUCAACAUCAAUUCCGGCGGAGGCGGCAUCGGCAUCGGCGGCGGGGGCAGUGGCAGUGGCGGUGGCGGUAGUGGAGGCGGUGGCGGAGUCGUUGGAUGUGGCAGCCACAACGUUGUCGCUGCCAGUCAUGACCAGCUCGCCAAUGUUGCUGUCAUGCAGCAAACAUACGGCAGCGGCGGCAGCAGCAGCAGCAGCAUCAGCGGUUGCCACAACGGUAACAACGGCAGCGGCGGCAGCAUUUGCAAUCAGCAGAUCAACAACUACGGCAACAACAGCAACAACAAUGUCGGCAAUCAUAUGAGUGCAGGCAGUUUUUUCGGUGGGUCCAACAACAGCAUCCACAGUAGUGGCAAUAGCAAUACCGAUUAUAUGACCACGCCAGCCACCGCUUAUGCGACACCAGCGACAGCAGCCACAUCCACGGUGAACACCACAACGAUGCUGUCUAAUUACUGCGAUGCCGCCACCAUGAUGAUGGCCGCUGCUGCAGUCAAUGCAAAUCAAUGCCUGCAGCAACAUCACCAGCGCAUGUUGCUCGCGGGCAGCAGCAACAGCAGCAGCAACAACAGCAGCAGCAACAGCAACGGCGCAGCAGCAAUGCCCUCCUCAUCCUCGUCUGGCUCACUGUCAUCUGCCUCAUCGACCCCAACAGCAACAGCAACUGCGACUGCAAUUGCAACAGCAACAGCAACUGCAGCAGCAACAGCCGCGCAGCAACAACAGCAACAAUCGCCGCCAAAUUUAAUCGAUAUCAGCGAAGUUCCUCUCAUUGUGGAUGUCAAGUAGUGUAAUUAUUUAUGCAUCUAGAAAUGGGGCUAUAAACCAACCUUGUAGAUACCCCGCCCCGCCCCCACCACUACCACAAAAACCAUAAAACCCCAAAAAAAAAACAAUUGAAAAAUGUAAAAAAAAAAAGUUGGAGGAUGAGCGCCGCGUAGCUUAAUUGACUAAUUUUCCAUUUGUAGCUUUUGUUGUAACUUUGUACAUAACUCCUCGAAAAAUUCAAGUUUUUCUCUAGGCCACCCCAGCUGUGAGCAAAACCAAUCUCAGCUGACAUAUCCAAGAGAACUUCAAAAGUGAAGCCCCCAAAAAAAGUAAGAAGGCGCCAAAAAAACGUCUUUACAUAUGAAUGUGUAUAAUAUUUAAAUGGCACUGAGUUCUACUUAAUUUUAGACCACAAACACUUGAAAAAAUCAAUGAAAAAAUAAGAAUUGUGGAAAGAGAAAAAUCCCCCCUAACACUUUCAAAAGACAAAACAUAAAGAUAGUUAAAAUAUUUAUAUAUGUAAUGUAGCAUAUACACGUAUAUAGUACAUAUAUGAAUAUAUAAACGAAACUCUACUCCCAGUGGUUUGCAGAAAUAUACCAAAAAUUUUAAGCUAUGUUUACUUGAUGUGUGGCAAUUUUUAUGUGUGCUUUAGCAAUUUUAUUUUUACUUUAAGUAAAAUUUAAAAUUUAUAAACAUUCGAUUCUCGACUGGUUUUUCUCGGCGGAUGUAUCUCAAAGAUGCUUCUGUAUGGGAAGGCCGAAUUGUUGAAAUACGAAUGCAAAAUUUAGCGAAUUUUUUAUUUAGUAACCAUUACGAGUAAAAACACAAAAUGUUCAGUGCAAGUUUCAGUUCUUAAACGAUUUUUUCGUAAGCUUAAGCAUUAUCUUAUUUAUGUGUAUAGAGUAUGAAAAGUUUUCUAUAUUUUGUAAUAAUAAAAAUUUGCGUUUAUAAUG